AUGAAUCUAGAUCCUGAUAAACUUGUGGAAAAUCCAAACAUGCAACACGAAUUAUCGUCAAUUUUCAAUUCUCCCACGAAACCGUUGAACUUUCCUAGAACAAAUUCCAAACCGUUACUUGAUCCGAAUUCAAGCUCCGACACUUAUACAAGCGAUCAAGAAGAAACAAAAUUACCAAAACAACAACAACAAGAACAACAUCAACCACAAGAGGAACAACAAGAACAACAGCAAGAAAAUCCACAAUCUUCUUUUGAUAGAAACUUUGAUAUAGAUAAUUCCAUUGAUUUACAACAAACAAUCAACCAAGACAAUACCCCUACGACAGAAAGCACUACAACUUUUGGCAACAUAAUUGAUGAAUUUUCAUUCCAAACACCAAUGACAUCUACAGUAGACUUACUUAAUAACGAUGAGAAUACCAAUGACAACCAAAGACCAACUUAUAUAAACACUUCACCAAGUAAAUCUAUCAUGAAGAAAACACCGACAGCUUCACCCAAAAAGGUCGCCUUCACUUCAACUAUUCCAGAAGUUCAUCAUUAUCCUGAUAACAGACUCGAAUCCGAUGAGCAACCAGUCCCAAUUUUACUUCCAACUAUUCAACAUCUGUGGAAAGCUCCAGAGUUUAAUUAUUCCGACGAUGAUACCAAUGGAUCCGUACCUCCAACUCCACCUCCACAUACAAGCAAACCAACAUUUGCCGAAUUAUUGAAUAGAAACUCAACUCAAGAAUCAACAGCUUCAAGUGAUGAACCAACUUUGACUCAUUUAAAUUUGGAACAAGACAAUUAUAGUAAUUUGUCUCUUGAUGAAAAAGUCAAUUUAUAUCUUGAUAACGAUAGUAAUAAUAACCACAAGAAUGUAUCUGAUUUGGAUACUCAUUUACAAGAAUUACAAGAAGCUUCAAAGAAUAAAACUCAAGAAAGUAUUCAUCAAUUAUCCUUUUCUUUACAAACUCCUAAAACUGAAAUUGAAAAUCCAUUGAAUUCAUUAGCCAGCCCAGAUGUACAAUUAAGAUCUUCUGGAUCAUCCCAAUCCUCAUUACAAUCUUUGAGGGACAACAAUAGAACAUUGGAAUCAGUCCCUGGAUCUCCAACAAAGUCAAAUCGUGGGUUGUCAUUAAAUGAUGGUAUAAAAGGAUUAUCUGAUGACGUUGUUGAAUCUUUACUUCCUCGUGACGAAUCUGAAGAAAUGUUGAAUAUGAGAACAAUUUCUGUACACAGACGUACUUUAUCUUCAGACGAUCAAUUAGAUUCCUUUGAUAGAUCUUAUAAUAAGACUGAAGAAUCUAUCCUAAACCUUUUGAAUAGUGGUUCCCAUUCCCAACUUUCCUUGAAUAAACUUGAAGCAGGUAACGAUGAAUUACAAGAAAAGCAAUUACCAUCAGAAGAAGAACAGGAAAGAGAAGACGAACCACAAGGGGGAAUCAACCAGAUGGAAGAUGCAGAUGUGCCACCACCACCACCACAACAACAAGAAGAACCAGUUAAACUUAAACUUGAACCAGGUCUUGAACUUAAAACAAAGAGACUUGUUUCUAAUGAAGUUACUGAACCUGUAAGGUUGAAAAAAGAACCUGGCACAUACGAAGCAGAAGAAGAACGUGAACAACAACGAGUAUCUGAUCCAAAUAUUAAACAGGAAUAUUCUACACCAUGCUUGCUUAAACGUGAAAUCCCACCUCAUGUUUCAGAAAUCACUGGACUCACGCCUCAAGAAGAAAUCAACCAAUAUAAAUCUGAACACAAUAUACCAAUAUCUAAAGAAGCUGAUGAAUCAAUGGUAUCAGAAAGCUCUGCAAGCAGAAUGUCUAUACAAUUCAACGUUGAGAAUGAGUGGAGAUUAGAGGAUAGUAAUGAUGGAGAUAGAGAAGAUAACGAUGAAAUGAGUCGUAUGGAAAAUUCUCAAGUCUUGGGUGAUGUAUCAAAUUCUUCAACUGAUACAGCUGAUUACAGAGAUGCAUCAAGUGAAUUGAUUUUGCAAAAGACUUUGGCACCUCCAAGAACACCUACAAGAGGAAGUAUUCCAGGUACUCCAACACCAAGACGUGACACAAGUGAAGAAACAGUCAAACCAACACCACAACAACAGGUCGACGCUACAGAACAAGCAGAAGAAGAUAACAGUCAAAUUAUUGCAAAUUCUUCCAAUAUUGCACCACCUGAAGAAAUCACCUUGCCAUUGGUUGAACAAAAUGACUAUUCUUCAUUUAAUGAAAUUACAAAGAAUAUGAAUACCUAUUCAUCAUUUGAAGAAUCAUUAUCUGCAGAAAAUGAUGUUGAUACCAAACCAGUUAGUUUCAUAUCCAUCUGGCACAAACAAGAAAAACAAAAGAAGUCACAAAUGCACAAAAUUCCUACACAACAAAUUAUUGCUGAUUGUCAAGAACUCAAACAAAAGGAAGAUGAACGUAGAAUGUCUACUGAUCAUGUUAGAAUUCCAAGUAAUUUACAAACAAGAAAAUUCAAAGAAGUUAAUGUUAUGUCUAGAAGAGUUGUUAGUCCAGAUAUGUAUGAUUUACAAGUUUCUGAAUUCUUGCCUGAAUUAUCUGAAGAUUCUGGUUUCAAUAAUUUGAAUUUUGCCAAUUAUACCAGUAGCAGAAGAAGAAGUUUCACUCCUUUAAGUACCAAGAAUGUGUUGUCUAACAUUGAUAAUGAUCCUAAUGUCAUUGAACCACCUGAACCAAAAUCAUAUUCUGAAAUUAAACGUGCCAGAAGGCUCUCCUCAAAUCAAUUGGCUGAAAAUCAACAUAGUUACGUCCACAACGAACCUCACCAUCCACAACAAUAUGCUCCAGCUUCUGAUUAUUCAACCAAGAGAACUUCUAGAUUUAGAGUUCCAACAUUUGAAAUCAAGAGAACUAGCUCUGCUUUGUCUCCAAGAGACAUGUACAAUGAUAUAUUUGAUGAUUUUGGUAGGUCCACUGCCGCAAUGAAGGGUCCACCAACUAUCAAAGCAGAUGGAAUGAGGACAUUGCCAAGUAUGGAUAAGGAUGAUGUCAAGAGAAUUUUGAGUGCUAAGAAGGGAAUCACUCAAGAGGAAUAUAUCAAUGCUAAAUUAAUUGAUCAGGAACAACCAAGAAAAUCAGUUGUUACCAAUUCUGACACAAGAUAUGAUGAUUUACAACAAACUGCAUCAAUCCAUAAUGCUACUUUUGAAUCAAGUCCGUCAAGACAAAUUUCCAAUAAUGUGGGUACUAAUGAUAAUGAGAUUUUGCCAUACCUUACUGAUGAAUUAAAGAAAUCUCCAAUGGCUUUGUUAUCUGCUAAUCAAAUCUUUAAUGAACAUGAUGCAUACCCAUCAAGAACUAGUUCUGUUUUGUUCCGUCCAUCUGCUAAUUCUUCUGUUCUUCCUGAACCAGAUUUCGAAUUAAUUAAUUCUCCAGAGAAAUGCACUUCAAAAUCCACUCUGCCAGAGACUCUUCAAACCAGCCCUCUAAGACUUGGUUCUGAUACUACCCAUGAUGGUCUCAAUCUUUCAGAAAAAGGGUCAGAACAACAUCUACCAACAUUAGAUGAUUUAUCACCUUCAACUAUUAAAAAUGAUAUCAAAGAUGAAGUUUCAACUAAUGAUCCACCAAUUGAAGAACCAGCUACUCCAAUCCAAGAGAUGUCACCACAAAAAAGUGUCCUCUCUCCUAAAUCUCCAAGAAAAUCACCAAUUAAGAUUGGAUCUCCAAUGAAAUUGGUCAAGAAGAAUGGAUCUAUUACUGGUAUGGAACCAAUUCUUAAAACUCAUAGAGCUACUAAAUCAUUUGAAGGUAAUGAAAUCAUGAACAACAAAUUAAGAGAUGGUCCAACAUCACCAUUAUUUGAAAAGGAAAAUGAUCAACAUAUUCCAAGUACUGUUACAGUACCAUCUGAGUACACCGAUGCUGUUUCUAAUCCUGAAGAUUUACAAGAUGUCAAAUCUGAAGAACCAAAAAAGAAUCACCAUUCUUAUCACCAUCACCAUCACCACCACGAUCAUCAUCACAAGAAUCAAGUUGGCUCAGAACUUCCUGUUGUUGAUGAUGAAUCACCUGAUAUUGGUUUUGAAGAACGUGGUAAAUUGUUCUUCCGUGUCUUGGGUUUCAAGAAUAUCAACUUGCCAGAUAUUGGAAUCCAUAAUGGUAAAUUCUCAUUGACUUUAGAUAAUGGUGUUCAUAGUGUUACUACUCCAUCUUAUAAUUUGGAUGGUCACAAAGUUCCAAUUGGUAAAGAAUUUGAAUUGACAGUUACUGAUACUUUGGAAUUCAUUUUAACCAUGAAGAUGAGUUAUGAAAAACCAAAGGGUAAAUUAGUUGAAGUUACUGAAAGAAAAGUUGUUAAAUCUAAACAUAGAUUGAGUAGAUUAUUUGGAUCUAAAGAUAUAAUCACCACUACUAAAUUUGUUCCAACUGAAGUUAAAGAUACAUGGGCUAACAAAUUUGCACAAGAUGGUUCUUUUGCUAGAUGUUAUAUUGAUUUACAACAAUUUGAAGACAAAAUUACCGGUAAAGCAUUACAAUUUGAUUUGAAUUGUUUUAAUGAGUGGGAGACCAGGGUUUCUAAUCCAAAUGAUCAUGGAAUUAAUCGUCUUAAACCAUACACUAUUGGACAAUUGGAAGUUAAAAUGUUGUUUGUACCAAGAUCCGAUCCAAAAGAAGUUUUACCUACAAGUAUAAGAACAGCUUAUGAAAGUAUUGAUGAAUUAAAUCAAGAAUUUAAUACUACUCAUGAAGGUUAUUUACAUCAAGAAGGUGGAGAUUGUCCAAUUUUCAAGAGAAGAUUCUUUAAAUUACAAGGCACUUCAUUAUUAGCUCAUAGUGAAAUGUCACACAAGACAAGAGCUAAGAUUAAUUUAAGCAAAGUUGUUGAUAUAAUCUAUGUUGAUAAAGAAAAUAUCAAUCGUUCAAAGUAUAGAAAUUUCAGUGAUGUUUUAUUAGUUGAACAUUCAUUUAAAAUUAAAUUUGCUAAUGGUGAAUUAAUUGAUUUCUGUGCUCCAAAUAAAAAAGAAAUGAAACAAUGGAUCGACAUCUUAGAACUGAUUGUUUACAGAAACAGAUUCAGACGUCAACCUUGGGUUAAAUUAAUGAUUCAAGAAAAUUCAAAUCACGUGUAA